AUGGCAGUUUUCCAAGGUACUUUAGACCAGCAUAAUGGCAUUACUGUGGAGUCAGUGUCAAAUGCUUGUAAUGACAUCCAAGAUUUUGCUGUUAAAUUAGAAGCUUCUCUUCUACAAUGGGAAAAGGAGAGAUUAAGAGGGGUAUGGUUUAAUGUUGAUAUCUCACAAAUAGAAUGGAUCCCUAUUUUAUCACAGAAAGGAUUUAACAUACAUCAUGCUAAAGACAAUAAGGUAUCCCUUUAUCUUUGGUUACCUAAACUUGAAAGUUGUAAAAUUCCACCUUAUGCACACAACAUGGUUGGUGCUGGUGCUUUAGUGAUUAACGACAAUAAUCAAAUUCUAGUUGUACAUGAACGAUAUCGCACUGUUUCAUUUUGGAAACUUCCUGGUGGUUAUGUAGAUCCAGGAGAAGAAAUUGGUGAAGCAGCACAAAGAGAAGUGCUGGAAGAGACUGGGAUUAAAACUGAAUUUUUAUCUCUUCUGUCAGUUAGACAUUUACCAAGUGCUGUUUUUGGUUGCUCAGAUUUAUACUUUGUUGUUCGUUUGAAGCCAUUAAGUUAUGAAAUAACUAAACAAGAUGAUGAAGUCGAGGAUUGCCAAUGGAUGGAUAUCAAUACAUUCCUAUCACAUCCACAGGUUAUUGACCAUGUUCGUAAUUUUGUAAAACAAGCUAUAUUAAAUGAAAAAGAAGGGAUUGCCAUGAUACGGAACAAGUCUGAACACCCACUUACAAAAAAACCACAAUAUAUAUUUACGGUUCAUCGAGUGAAAGAUGAUUAA